CAAAGUGAUUUUUUCUCACACCUUUGACACUUUUUUCAGACCUUGCGAAGUCUGACGCUCUCCACUCCGUCGGCCAUGGCGAAUCAGGAGGGAGAAGAGCAGGUGAUGAGCGAAGUGCAUCUCGGCUGCCCGCCGCAUGUUUCCGGCCCCUACAUCUCUCACUUCGCCGUCUCCCUUCCCCCUACUCGUCAUGCUGGUCGACUUCCAAAGGGAGCAGCUUCUAGGGAAACACUUCGCUUGGACAAUGGCUGUGACUAUGCUCAGAAUGGGGAGAAUUGCUGUUCCUUUGAGCAUAAUGAUUCUCAAUCCAGUGCCCACAUUCCUCAACAAGAACAUCUUUCUUUGGAUAAAGAUGGUGAUCUUGUUCUGACUCGUCGAGAGAAUCCUAAUAAUAGAUGCUUGAGUUUUGGUUUAAGCAUCCAACAUUCUAUUACCUCUUCACUUCUUGAAGUUGGACUCCAAGUUUGGAAGGCGGCACUGGUAUUGACCGAUUUCGUUUUGCAUAAAAGUUCUACCUCAUCUUACUUCAACGACGUCGUUGCAGUAGAACUUGGUGCUGGAACAGGUUUGGUUGGCAUCGUUCUCUCAAGGAUUGCUAAGAAAGUCUUCAUAACAGAUAAAGGUGUUCAUAUCCUAAACAACUGUGAUGCUAAUACUCAUGUCAACUGGAGUAUGCUUAAAUGUAAGGAUAACACUGUCUGUGUGAGGGAACUCGAUUGGAUGGAUUCGUGGCCUCCCAAUGCAACAACUGAUUCUUCGCCUCGGUCUAGGUCGCCGAAUAAAAGAUACCUGUGGAGCUCUGAGGAGAUCGAGGAGGUUGAAAGCGCCACGGUUCUCUUGGCGGCUGAUGUUAUCUACAGCGAUGAGCUAACUGAUUCUUUCUUCAGCAUGGUGGAGAAGAUAAUGGCUAGAGGUUCACACAAGACCUUGUACCUGGCGUUGGAGAAGAGAUAUAACUUCAGCUUAGAUGAACUCAAUGUCGUUGCUAAUGGUUAUUCUCACUUCCGAACCUAUUUCAAGAGUGAAGAAUAUGGAGAAGGCGACGGACUUCAACCAGGCUUUGUCGGCAAGCAGAUUGAUCUUGCUGAGAUACCCCAGUACAUAAGAGAGUAUGAUAGGGGAAAGGAUGUGGAGUUGUGGAAGAUUACUUAUCGCCAAGGUGGACUCGGGGUCUUGCCUCAGUGAAAAUGGAAUUUUUGAUAGGAAAAAGUUUCUUGUGCUGCUUUUACAGAUGAAAACAGCAAUUCAUGGGAUAUGACAUGGCAGAUAUUUAGAAUGGUUAUAUUAAGAGUUAUAUACUAAUGAAUUCUUUAUGAAUUAAACACUUUCAACUUCAGUUCA